AUGCCUCCGCGUCAUCAGACACUCCCACCCGCCGCGACGGCCGCGGCGCGCGACGCCCAAAAGUCCUUUUACUGCGCCCUCUGCGCCAAGGGCUACGCUCGGAUGAACGACUACGAGGCGCACCUCGGCAGCUACGACCACUCGCACAAGCAGCGCCUCAAGGACAUGAAGGCCAUGGUGCGCGACCCCGGCGCGGCCGAGCGCGCGCGAAGAGCCGAGGCGAAAGCCGACGGCCUCGUGAGCAUCAAGGUGCCCGACGGCAGCAGCGGCACCACGACAGGAGGGGGCUUCAAAAAGGGCGGCUUCAAGAAGAGCGGAUUCAAAAGCACAAUGGCGCCGGCAGCGGCAGCGGCGGCAGCAGAGGGGCAAGCACAGCAAAAGAAGGCGGUCGGGGAUGGGGUGAAGACGGCGCCGGUGCAGCCUGAAGCUGUGACGACGAAGCCCUCGCUGGGGAUGCUGGGCGAGAGCGAUACCGAAGACGAAGGCUACGAAAUGUACGAUCCGAGAUACCCGACCGAUUGA